AACCAAAAAUAAAUAAAUUGAGAUGUGUUGUUGAGAGCUUAUGUUGGGAUUCUCCGGUUGAUUGAUUUUGUCGGUAGGGUUUUUUUUUUUUGUUGUAUUUGAAUUUCUCCGAGGGACUUAGCUUCGGAGAUGAGUGGGUGUUUGCCUUGCUUUGGAUCUUCGGCUAAAGACGCUGCUUCUAAAGAUUCUGUGAAGAAGGAACUUUCAGCUAAAGACGGCUCUGUUACUCAGUCUCACCAUAUCAGCUUAGAUAAAUCAAAGUCUCGACGAGGUCCUGAACAGAAGAAGGAGCUAACUGCUCCAAAAGAAGGGCCUACCGCGCAUAUUGCUGCACAAACCUUUACUUUCCGAGAGUUAGCUGCCGCUACUAAAAACUUUCGACCAGAAUGUCUUCUUGGAGAAGGAGGUUUCGGACGUGUUUACAAGGGUCGUCUAGAGACCACAGGACAGAUAGUAGCUGUUAAACAGCUUGAUCGAAACGGUCUACAAGGAAACAGAGAGUUUCUUGUAGAGGUUCUUAUGCUGAGCCUUCUGCAUCAUCCCAAUCUUGUGAAUUUGAUUGGUUAUUGUGCUGAUGGUGACCAGCGUCUUCUUGUGUAUGAGUAUAUGCCACUAGGAUCAUUGGAGGAUCAUCUACACGAUCUUCCACCUGAUAAAGAGCCUCUAGACUGGAGUACUAGAAUGACAAUAGCGGCAGGAGCAGCAAAGGGACUGGACUUUGGCGUUGUGUUUCUUGAGCUCAUCACGGGUCGCAAAGCUAUUGAUAAUGCUCGAGCACCCGGAGAGCACAACCUUGUCGCAUGGGCUAGGCCGUUGUUCAAAGAUCGUAGAAAGUUCCCGAAGAUGGCAGAUCCAUCACUGCAAGGGCGGUACCCAAUGCGUGGUCUAUAUCAAGCACUUGCAGUUGCAGCAAUGUGUUUACAGGAACAAGCAGCGACAAGACCGCUGAUUGGUGACGUGGUGACAGCUCUUACUUACUUAGCUUCGCAAACGUUUGACCCAAACGCACCAAGCGGUCAAAACAGUAGAAGCGGUAGCGGGCCGCCAUUUAUCAGAACGAGGGAUGAUCGGAGGAGCUUGGGAGAUGGGAGUAGCUUGGAUAGUCCUGCAGAGACUCGGAGUCGGUUAGGGUCACCAGCGACUCACAAGAACUCUCCUGAUUACAGAAGAAGGGAUAUGGUGAGGGAAGUCAAUGCAGGAUCAGAAGGUGGAAGCGAGACAGGAGGCGGGUCAGGGAGAAAAUGGGGAUUAAGCGAUUUGGAAGGGCAAGAAUCACAGAGAGGGAGCCCGGCGAGUGUUGGGAGAUCAUCGAGAGGCACUCCGAGGAACCGAGAUUUAGAUAGAGAGAGGGCGGUGGCGGAAGCAAAGGUGUGGGGAGAGAAUUGGAGGGAGAGGAAGAGAGCUACCAAUGGACCGGGCAGCUUUGAUAGUACAAAUGACUGAAAUGGGAAAGAGGAAAGCUCUGUGUUUGAAAAAGAGAGAACUUUUGUCAUUUUGCCAAGAGGCAAAGGGAGAGAGGCUUUGGGUUCAUAUGAUCAUUUUGUCGAGUCGGGUCGGUCAGUUGUCGGAUUUGAUGUCUGAGUCGAGAAAGAGGACUCU